AUGGUCUCCUCGCAAGGCAGACAUGGCCAGUGGUCACGACCCUCCAAGGCUUCUCUCGGAAAGGCUAUGGCCCGCUCUGGAGUGCAGGCAUUGGCAUUUCUAGAAACCAACACCGCAAGUGUCCUAACUUUAAAUCUCACUUACAUAAUGCCUUGCCACAUCUACUCUCCAUCAAUGGUCCUCGUCCUCUCCCGCACAUCGUCCACCUCAUAUCCCAAUGGCGUACUACAAGCAGCCAACGGAGACACUGGCAAGGACCCGGGCUACAUUGUCCUGAACAAUGGCGACACCGGAAAAGACCCUGGCGCUCGCGAGACAGAGGGUGAAAGCAUCAACACUCUCCUCUUCGCAUUCUGCGGUGACCGCUUAUCUCCAAUGGCCUAA